AUGGCCGCCGACGAUGAUAAAAGCAUCCCUGAGCUGGACCAAAAAAAGUACGACGCGGACGAACAUGUCAAGAUAAUAUGUCUGGGAGACAGUGCCGUCGGGAAAUCCAAGUUGAUGGAGCGAUUUCUCCUGGACGAAUAUCAACCGCAGCAGCUUUCCACGUAUGCUUUGACACUCCACAAACACAAAGCCACGGUGGCUAAUAAGACAGUGGCAGUAGAUUUCUGGGACACGGCCGGUCAAGAGAGGUUUCAGAGCAUGCAUGCUUCCUACUACCACAAAGCGCACGCAUGCAUCAUGGUUUUUGACGUCCAGAGAAAGAUCACCUACAAGAACUUAGCCAACUGGUAUGCAGAGCUGAGGGAGUACAGGCCCGAGAUCCCGUGUUGUGUGGUUGCCAACAAAAUAGACGCCGACCAGAAGGUGACGCAACGGAGUUUCAACUUUGCCAAGAAGAAAGGACUCCCUUUUUAUUUUGUUUCUGCAGCCAACGGCACGAACGUCGUCAAGAUGUUCCGGGAGAUGAUCAAGCGAGCUGUGGAAUACAAGCAAAACCCCAAUGACUUCAUGGACGAAGUUAUGCAAGAACUUGAAAAGUUCGAGUUGGACAAGAAUGACGCACAUUCGGACGCAGAAGGAGACGUCAACAGGGACAACAGCCCAUAG